CUAUAAGGUGUGAGGAUGUCACUGUCUAUCUCUCCAUGGAGGAGUGGGAGUAUAUAGAGGAACACAGGGGCCUGUACAAGGACGUGAUGAUGGAGAAUCACCAGGCAUUGAAGAUGGAUAUGACUGAGAGGAUAAUAAAUCUCUUCCUGGACAUCAUCUGUCUGCUGACUGGAGAGGAUCACACAGUAGUGAAGGGAACAUCUGGAGAGUGUGAGACACCCAGCAGCCAUCACCGUGUGUCAGGACUGGGGAGGACCCAGAGCCCCAUCACGGUGCCUCUAGCUCACUCACUGAUACAUGAGAGGCACAAUCACCAGAAGAUCCUGGAUCUCACCAACAAGAUCAUUCAGCUGCUGACUGGAGAGGUUCCUAUAAGGUGUGAGGAUGUCACUGUCUAUUUCUCCAUGGAGGAGUGGGAGUAUAUAGAGGAACACAGGGGUCUGUACAAGGACGUGACGAUGGAGAAUCACCGGCCCCUCACAUCACUGGAUGGGUCCAGUAACAGGAAUACCCCAGGUCCUCUUUAUUCCCAGGACCAUACAGAGGAGAAUCACAGUGUCCCACAGGAGAGACGGGGUGAAGAUCUUAUUGAUGUUAAAGUAGAAGAUAUAAAAGUAGAAGAGCAGACACAUGUGAUGGGUGAUCAGCAGUGUAAGGAGGAGGAAAUCCCUACAGAUAUCAGCACAGGAUUGCAAACAGAAAUCAGCUGCUCUCCAAAAAGAAACAUUGCUGCCCAUCUGCAGUUUGUUAAAGAUCACCUGCACAAUCCAGAAGGCUAUUGGAACAAUGUUUUGUGGACAGAUGAUUCCACAAUAGAGCUCUUUGGCUUAAAUGAGAAGUGUUAUGUUUGGAGAUAG